AUGGCAGCCUUCAGUCCAAUCCCCGCCUACGUGAUAGGCACCCUCUGUCUAGCGCUGGGCAUCAACGGCCUUUCCCGUCCGUCAGACGAGUACAAGCGCUUCGGACUGCCGCUUGAGAAAUCCACUACAGGCCAUCGGCGCACAAUCCCAACUUCCGGCUCGGUAUCCCCACUCAUGUAUCUCAAGGGAAUCCGCGAGGUAACUUACGGGCUUGCGUUGCUUGCAAUGCAGUAUCAGCGCCAGGAGGUCGCUAUCACAACUCUUGUGGCUAUAUUUUCACUCGCUGGACUUGGGGAUGGAUUGGUUGUCUGGUUUUUUGGAGGCGAUGAAUUGAAAAAGAAGGCAUUUGGGCAUUGGGUGACGUUUGUUGGAUUCACGGGCUGGUCAUGGUGGAGGGCGGCGUAUGUGUGA